AUGGAGAAGAAGAAGAAGAAGCAACAGCUGAAUGAGAAUCACAAGAGCAAGAGCAUUGACGACAUUCUCCCUCUUGAGCUGAUUCACAGAAUCCUAGUGAGGGUUCCGCUCAAACAUCUCGGUCGCCUCAAGUGUGUUUCGAAGCUUUGGAACGCUCUCAUUUCCGAUCCCGACUUUGCGAAAUCGCAUGUUCACCUCUCUGCCGCACCCACCCAUGUAUGCCUCUUCAUAAAUGAAGACUCCCAGGCUUGCUUCGUUGACAUUGACGCAGUAUUUCACCGCCACAAGCGUGCUACUGCAGUAAAAGAGUUAUGUGCUCCUGCAGAGGGCUUGUUCUCUUACACCGAGCCCCGCAUUUUUUUAUCGUAUGGAACCCACUAA